UAUAUAUGCAUUAUUGAUGUGCCGGGCCGGCCGGUAGAUGAUACUGUUAGUUGAUGUUGAGACCAAGGUGCUGUUUGGUUCACAUGUUUGUAACGUAAUGGGUAACAGAUAACGUUAAAUUAUGUUUGUUUUAGUCCAACCGUAAUCGGAUACCACACUAAAAUUUGAUACCAGACUAUUGAAAUUUGUUACCGCCAGUAAUCGAACCGAAACCAUUACCAUUACCAUUUGCGUUACAUUUUUUGAACCAAACAACACCCAAAUUCUGUUUGACUACUACUGCAAAACUUGAAAGACAACGAACGAAGUAUGUAUCCAACAUUUGUUUAUAGAAUGUCAUGUUGCUCGCCAUAUGUGGAGGUUGUUUCACUUCUGUUUUGGUAUGAGUGCACCGAGGUCUGUUCGUCAUAUUUUUAGUACGUGGAUCACCGGUAUUGAUUUAAAAACUAAGCGUCUUGUUAUUACAGGUGUCUCAGUGUUUUGCUGGGCUAUUUGGAUAAGUAGGAAUGACUUAGUUUUUAAUAAUGUUUCAAGUUUUACUUAUCUGCAGGUUCUUUUUAGAGGUACACACUGGCUUAGAUUCUGGGCUCAGCUACAAAAGGAUGAAGCUGAUGGAGUUUUAAUAAAGAAUGUCUGUCGUCGCCUGGAAUCGGUGGCCAUGCAAUUUUGUGUUAAUUUUGGUUGGAGGUUUUCUAAUAGGAUUGCCUUGUAAUCAUCUCACCGGUUUUAUUAAGUUUAAAAACCUUUAGUGUGUUAGUGUGUGGCUGUGUGGAGGGGUAUGUCCCUUCAUUGAGCAGUGUGAUGUAACAAUUUGUGUUGGCCCUAACCUCUUUUGAGGGGAAAGCCGGAACUUUCUCUCCAUUAUCAAAAAAAAUCUGGUGUGGUGUGUUGUUUUAAUUAGCCUCUGUCUGUGCUGGUGCUGGUGCUGGGAGAAGAAGUGUCUUGGAAGCUGCAUGCAAUUAAAUUAGUAGGUCGUGGCAGGGGAUCAUUAGCCUUUAUUUUCUGUGUGGUCGCUUGACUGGCAAACCGGAUGAUGGAAGCCUGCAUCUGCAUAUGCAAACUAGGUCAGUCAACGGACCAAACCUAGUUCGCCCGCCCUUAUAUUCUCCCAGACCCCCUCCUUUUUCACAUCCAUUUGUAGUGGCUGUGUGCUGGUCGUAGCUAUCAUCCGGAUAUAGUUAAUGGGGAACUGCUGCACAGCCGGCUCUGCAAAGUGUGCCAAUGCAUCCACUCCAUUUGAAUCAAAGGUCACAAGCAAGAGCACCGCGUCCAACAACUACAGCAGCUCGACGGCGACGACGACAACGACAACGAUCGCCUCCGGGCAGCUUCAGCUAGGCGGCGACUCCUCCGAGGGCGCCGCGCUCAAGUCGUUCAGCAUGAGCGAGCUCCGCGCGGCGACCAAGAACUUCGGGUCCACGUCGUACCUGGGCGAGGGCGGCUUCGGGUGCGUCUACAAGGGCUGGAUCGACGAGGCGACGCUGGCCCCGACCAGGCCAGGCGUCGGCCGGGUGGUGGCCAUCAAGCGGCUCAAGGAGGAGAGCGUCCAGGGCCACCGGGAGUGGCUGGCCGAGGUCACCUACCUGGGCCAGCUCCACCACGCCAACCUCGUCACCCUCGUCGGCUACUGCGCCGACUCCGGCGCCAACAAGCUGCUGGUGUACGAGUACAUGAUGCGCGGCAGCCUGGAGAACCACCUCUUCCGCCGCGCCACGCACCCGCUGCCCUGGCCCACGCGCGUCUCCGUCGCCGCCGACGUCGCCAGGGGCCUCGCCUUCCUGCACGCCCGCCCCGUCAUCUUCCGCGACCUCAAGUCCUCCAACGUCCUCCUCGCCCCCGACUACCGCGCCAAGCUCUCCGACUUCGGCCUCGCCAGGAACGGGCCCACGGGCGACAGGACCCACGUCUCCACGCGCGUCGUCGGCACCCGCGGGUACGCCGCGCCCGAGUACGUCGCCACGGGCCACCUGUCCACCAAGAGCGACGUCUACAGCUUCGGCGUCGUGCUGCUCGAGCUCAUCACGGGCCGCCGCGCCGUCGACGCCGCCUCGUCCGCGGACACCACGCUCGUGGACUGGGCGUACCCGCAGCUCGGGGAUCCACGGAGGCUCAGCCGGAUCAUGGACACCAGGCUGGGCGGACAGUACCCCAAGAAGCAGGCGCAGGAGGUGGCAGCGCUAGCGCUGCGCUGCCUCCAGACCGACCCCAAGAACCGCCCCGCGAUGGCCGACGAAGUCCUGCCGGUGCUCGAGCAGCUGCAGCAUCACAACCACCACAAGUCCUCCUCGUCCAGGCCGCUGCACGGACGACCAGGACCACAAUGCCGCCACUCCAAGUCCAAGACCUAGAGCUAGAUGGUGGGCCUGAUUUUAUUUAUUAUGCCGCCUUUGUUUGUUCCAUCAUUUAUUUGUUCAAUAUAUAGAUAGAUAGAUAGAUAGACAGAUAGAGAGGUUUGUUUUCCCUUUCAAUGAUGCAAGAGUGUAGCUACGAAUCUGUUCUUCGUGUGGCACGGUAGGCUCCUCAAUGUUUCCAUGUAAAAGCACGUGGAGAGUGACCUAGUGUCUGUGUUUGACGAGAUUUUGUGCAAGAAUUCUUAAAUGUACAUGUAUAUUUAUAUAUGCUGUUAAAUAUAAUUCACGAUGAAAA